AUGGAGCCGGUCUCUUUGCUGCUCGUGCUCCUGGCCUGUGGCCCCCCGUGCUACUGGACGCUUUAUACGGGGCCCCUGCAGCCUGAGAUCAGUAACGGGACCUUCCACCACUUCUUUGUCCCUGAUGGAGACUACGAGGAGACCGAGGACCCAGAGCACUGCCAGAUGCUCUUCAAGUUUUCAGACGUGUCUCCGUGCGCCACGGCGCAGAACGAGGACGCUGUUGUGCGCGACGACUUCAUCAUCACCAAGCUCCAGGCCGAGGACGCCGCACGCCUCCUGGAGAGCAUCGAGCGCACCGUGACGCACGACCUGGACGGGGAAGACAGCUACGGCAAGUUUCUGAGGAAGGAGAUCUCCCAAAUCAGCGACGCGUUCAGUGGCGUGGACAAGUCUCUGGUGGAGCUGGAGGUGAAGUUCAAACAGAGCCAGGACACAGAGCUGCGUGAGGAGCAGCAGCUCAGCGGCCAUGUGCUCAAACAAGUGGGGGACAUCAAGGGCACUCUGAGGGAGGCCUCCGACAUCUCCCAGGGGCUCCGGGACAAACACGAGCUGCUGUCGCUCAUCAUCCGCAGUCACGGCACCAGGCUGAGCCGCCUCAAGACCGAGUACCUGAGAGCAGGCUCCUCCUGA